AUUCUUUACUUCUCUCAUACUGGCACACCUUGUAUUGACACUCUACCUUCCUUUCUCCAUUGCUGCAUUAGCUGCUGGUGAGUGGAUCAUUGGUGAUACUGAUGAGGAGAAGAAAGCAACCUGUGAUUUUAAUGGUUUUAUAAUACUCUGUUGUGCUUAUAUCAUAUUUAUGACUCUAAGUCUUAUAUCAACCGAUCGGUUCCUUUUUAUUGUAAAGCCUCAUAUCCACAAGCGGUUCAUGAGUCCAAGGGUAGCUCUGGUCCUUGUCAUUAUUGUGUGGAUAGUCAAUGCUGCCUUUUAUUCUUCAGGAUUCAUUGAUGGAUCUGGUGUAGUAUACCAGUAUGUAGGUAAGUUAGGAAUUUGCUAUGCUUUUACCACCAGUCUUGGAAUGGCUAUUUUCCAUUUUUUACUUGCUUCAUUACUAUUGUGUAUUAUUCUUGUUACUUCAGUUUGGACGUUUUGUUUCACUCGUAAGUUUAUUAAUAAUCAGUCAAUGAUAGUAGGAGAGAGUGUCUAUGCUUCAAAGAAGAAGAGGUUGUUUGGUAUAUUUGGGUCAAUGCUACUGGUCUAUGGGAUAUGUUUCAUUCCUGGUAUAUUCUUUGGUACAUUAUUAGCCAUUAUUGAUUUUCCUGUUGUUCUUGGAAUUACAGCCCUUAUAUUCUUCUUCCUGGCUGUUGUCUUGAGUCCAGUUGUCCAAGCUUACUUCAGGCCAGAGAUCAAUAGUGUUAUUGUUAAUAUUUUUUGUCGUAAGAUGUUGAAGAGGAAACCUAAUCCAACAACUACAUCAAGUUCCUAUAUAUCACCAUCUGCUGCACUUGAUGAACAUGUAUGACUCUAUUCUUGAGUAUAAAGUUUUUAAAUGUUACAGACACCUUGUACAUGUAUACAUAUGCAAUAUUACUAUUGCUUAUUCAUUAGCUCUCUCUUUGUUGUU